UCUCUCUUCUUCUUCUUCUUCUUCGUUCUCUUCAGAUCCCCGGAAGCGCCAGACCCGGAGCAACUGAGCAGCAAGUUCUCGGUCAUGGACGACGACGGCGACUGGAUCGCGGCGAGGUACCUCCUCUCCUCCAUCCUCGGCCGGAACCCGCUCGUGGUCGACCACGUCGACGAGGAGUCCUUCCCGGUCGACCACGCCCCCGCCGCCGCCGCCCGCGGCGGGCCGGCGGAGGCGCCGGUGUGGCAGCCGCCGCCGGCUGUGUUCGCGGUGCCGAGCCUGGCCGGCACUGUUUGCGCGGUGUGCACGGAGGAGAUCGCGGUGGCGGACCCCGUGGUGCGGCUGCCGUGCGCGCACUGGUACCACGCCGGCUGCAUCGCGCCCUGGCUCGGGAUCCGGAGCACCUGCCCCAUGUGCCGCGCCGAGCUGCCGGCCAGGGAGGAGGCCGGCGGGGCCGGCGCCGUCGGCCGCGAGAAGCCCCCGCGCGCCGAGGCCGGGACCAGCGCCGCCGGCGUGCGGCGGGACGCGUCGUCGUACGGGGGGUACGUCGCCGCCGGGGGCGUCCUGUCCGGCUGAUGGACGGGCGAGCGGGCCGUGGUGGACCGCGUCGUCGUGCGCGCGCCAUGGCUUUUGUCUAUUUUUUUCUUCGCCGGAGGAGUGCUGCUCGAUACCUGUUGUACAAAUGAAAAAAUGGUUAAUUAUUAACAUGAUGUUGAUUCUUGAGGGCUUAACUCGUCAUUAGCAUCUGCUGAAUAGAAAAAAGAAGAAGGAAAAGCACUCGAUGAUUGUAAAGAGGAAAAGGGAAAAAAAAUUAGCUGUGAAGUGAGAAUCUGAUUCCCUGUCGCAGGGUGAUGAAGGAAUACAAUGCCUUUGCCAAAAGCAGCUAUCACCAUUCUUCCUUGGUCUA